AUGCCGGUAAUGAGGGGCCUCCUGGCUCCCCAAAACACCUUCUUGGAUACCAUAGCAACCCGCUUUGAUGGCACGCACAGUAAUUUUGUCCUGGGCAAUGCCCAGGUGCGUGGCGCCUUCCCCGUGGUUUACUGCUCCGAUGGCUUCUGUGAACUAACUGGCUUCUCCCGGGCUGAGGUCAUGCAGCGCUGCUGUGCCUGCAGCUUCCUCUAUGGGCCCGACACCAGUGAGAUCGUCCGCACCCAGAUCCGCAAGGCCCUCGAUGAGCGCAAGGAAUUUAAGGCCGAGCUUAUUCUUUACAGGAAAAGUGGUGUCCCCUUCUGGUGUCUCCUGGACGUGGUACCUAUCAAGAAUGAAAAGGGAGAAGUGGCUCUUUUUCUGGUCUCCCACAAGGACAUCAGCGAGACCAAGAGCAGAGCAUCUGCAGAAAACUGGAAGGAAGGAGGUGAGAUUAGGCGAGGUGGACGGCGACGUUACAGCCGUGCUGGGGCCAAAGGUUUUAACGCCAACCGUCGGAGAAGCCGAGCAGUGCUGUAUCACCUGUCGGGGCAUCUCCAGAAGCAGGGCAAAGGGAAGCGCAAGCUCCAUAAGGGCGUCUUUGGGGAGAAGCCUGCGCUCCCCGAAUACAAAGUGGCCGCAGCACACAAGUCGCCGUUCAUCCUGCUGCAUUACGGGACCUUCAAGGCUGGCUGGGAUGGGCUCAUCCUUCUGGCCACACUGUAUGUGGCGGUGACGGUGCCCUACAGCGUCUGUUUCAGCGGCACGAAGGACGAAGGGCUUCCAGAGGCUGCCCGGGCACCCCCCAGCGUCUGCGAUCUCUCUGUCGAGAUACUUUUUAUCCUAGACAUCGUGCUGAAUUUCCGCACCACCUUUGUCAGCAAGUCAGGGCAAGUGGUUUUCGACCCGCAUGCCAUCUUCCUGCACUACCUGACCCGCUGGUUUGUGCUGGACCUCUUAGCGGCACUGCCCUUCGACCUCCUCUACGCUUUCAAGGUCAAUGUGUACUUUGGGGCCCACCUGCUCAAGACCGUGAGGCUCCUGCGGCUGCUGCGGCUGCUGCCCAACCUGGACCGGUACUCCCAGUACAGCGCCGUGGUGCUCACCCUGCUCAUGACUGUCUUUGCUCUCCUGGCGCACUGGGUGGCCUGCAUCUGGUACUUCAUUGGGCAGCGGGAGGUCGAGAGCAGCCCCUCCCAGCUGCCAGGGAUAGGCUGGCUGCAGGAGCUGGCUCGCCGCCUCGAGAGCCCCUACUACCUGGUGCAGCGGAACAGCAGCGGCGAAGACGAUGCCGCCAACAGGACGAGCCCCAGCCUGAACGGCAGCAUGUGGGAGCUGCUGGGAGGGCCCUCGCUGCGAAGCGCCUACAUCACGUCCCUCUACUUCGCCCUCAGCAGCCUCACCAGCGUGGGCUUUGGGAACGUGUCGGCAAACACGGACUCGGAGAAGAUCUUCUCCGUGUGCACCAUGCUGGUGGGCGCCUUGAUGCAUGCUGUAGUCUUUGGCAAUGUGACUGCCAUCAUCCAACGCAUGUAUGCCCGCCGCUUCCUGUACCACAGCCGCACACGUGACCUCCGCGACUACAUCCGCAUUCACCGCAUUCCUCCACCGCUGAAGCAGCGCAUGCUCGAGUACUUCCAGGCCACGUGGAGUGCCAGCAAUGGCAUCGAUACUCGGGAGCUGCUGCAGAGCCUUCCGGAUGAGCUGCGUGCCGACAUCGCCCUGCAUCUGCACAAGGAGCUGCUGCAGUUGCCCCUCUUUGAGGGAGCGAGCCGAGGCUGCCGGCGCUCCCUCUCACUCAGCGUCCGCACUUCAUUCUGCACCCCCGGGGAAUACCUGAUCCGGCAGGGGGAUGCACUCCAGGCCCUCUAUCUCGUCUGCUCAGGCUCCAUGGAAGUGCUGAAAGAUGGCACCGUGCUUGCUAUCCUAGGUAAGGGAGACCUGAUCGGCUGUCACAUUUCAUCCAAGGAGGAAGUGGUCCAAGCCAACGCAGACGUGAGGGGCCUCACCUAUUGUGACCUGCAGUGUCUGAGCUUGCCUGGCCUCCUUGGCAGCCUGGAGCUUUAUCCAGAAUUUGCCAGCAAGUUCCGCCGGGAACUGCCUUGUGAGCUCAGCUACAACCUGGGUGGAGGCAGCAUCUUUCAGGCCAGGUCCCCACCCCUGAACAGCCAGGACCCCACCAGCUCGCUCUCUGUAGAGGGGAAGGACAUGGACACGGCGUUCCCUCCACGCCGCAGGCCUCCUUGCUUGCCCCCAGAGGCCGUGGAUGAGCCCUCCAGCCCCUUGUUCUCGUCUUCCUCGGGAGGGCACAGCCAGCCAGCAUCACGACCGAGUUUUCCCCGGCACCCCCCCUCUGAAACCUCCUCGCGUCCCACAGCAUUGCGGCUGCACAGUGCCCCCUGCAGCGGCCCCCCAGACCUCAGCCCCAGGGUUGUGGAUGGCAUCGAGGACGGAUCUGGUUCUGACAAGCCCAUGUUUAGCUUCCGCCUUGGCCCUUCAGGCCCAGACUACAGCAGCCCUUCAACCGGCACAGACAGUGGCCUGCUCACCAUCCCUCCUGAGCUAUCUGGUGCUGACACAGCUGAGAAACUGCGCCAAGCGGUGGCAGAGCUCUCUGGGCAGGUCCAGCAAAUGCGUGAAGGCCUGCACUCACUGCGCCAGGCUGUGCAGCUCUUCCUGCUCUCCCAAACGCCCAGCCCAGCCCGAGUGGACCUUCCAUCCUACGGAGCCUUUCCCCACCCCGAAGCUCCUGCUACGCCCCUGCUCAGCCCUCUCCGCGUAGACACAGGACUGCCUCCAAGCUUCUGCCCCCACAGUGCCCCGCCGGCCCCCUGUCCUAACGGGGCCUGUGGCAGGGUGCAGUGGAUGUGGGCACCACCCGCGGGACAGAGCUCUCCGUGGCCUGGCACGUUCUGGGCCCUGGGGCCAGGAAAGGACGCUGAAGUAGGCGCUGUUCCACCGGCCGGCCGCGGCUCGAAAGACCAGGGGAGCAGCACGCAGCAGCCGAGCCAGAGCCAGAGCGAGCGCGCCCUUCCCCGAGCCUGCUCCCCCACCGACGCAGCAUGCCACACAGGCCUCGCGGACACCAGACCUUCCAGGACUCCAGCCUGCGAUUCCUCAAGCCUUGAGAUGGUGCUGAUCAGUGCUGGGGACAGCAGGUCUCCAUGCAGCGCCCCCUGCUGGUCAGAGGAGGAAGGGACAGGCCUAUGAGCCUGCCUGUUCGGCUUGCUGGUUGUUUACAGAGGGACCCGUC